UUUAAAGUGCUCGCUCCAUGAUGCCUUGCGGUGUCCCGCGCACUGUUUUUACUGCCGCUGCUGCUGAUGUAACGGGCCACACUGACUGAACUUCAGCGAGCGGACCCUCCUAACGGACCUCAACCGGACUACAUUUACGGACAUCGGACGAAGGGCGUCUUUACGAAACAUUAAAAGGAAAACCACACCAUCUGCUUAAAUCUGGGUUCUCUGGCGGAGCGAAGUAACAGACCCGGACUGAGGAUUGUGGCGGUCUGGGACUGCAGACACACGCAGCAGUGAUAAGUGCGGCAUGCAGACCAGAGAGCUUGCAACGGGUGCCUGCAGAGGUGAGGAAUGACAUCCAGAUGAGAGGCAUGGAGCUGAAGGUAUGGGUGGAUGGAGUGCAGCGCAUCGUCUGCGGGGUCACAGAAGUCACCACAUGUCAAGAGGUUGUUAUCGCUUUGGCCCAAGCAAUAGGGCGGACAGGUCGCUACACGCUGAUUGAAAAAUGGCGCGAGACAGAGAGGCACCUGGCGCCCCAUGAGAAUCCUGUAGUUUCUCUGAAUAAGUGGGGUCAGUACGCUAGUGAUGUGCAGUUGGUGCUUCAACGUACAGGCCCAUCUCUGAGUGAGCGCCCUACCUCAGACACCUCUGCAAGAGCCCCAGAGCGCAGCUUAUACCGCCAAAGUCUCCCUCCCAUGGCAAAGCUCCGCCCCACAGCCAACGACCGUUCCCUCAAACGACGUGAACCAAAACGCAAGUCCCUCACUUUCACCGGUGGUGCAAAGGGGUUACUUGAGAUCUUCGGGAAGAAUCGUGAAGGUGAGACCAAACAGAGAGUGGUAAAUACAAACCGCAGCAGCACUCCGGCCCCUACACAGGAGCUGUCCCGCCUGGUGCAGUUGCAGAAGGACAAGUUGCACAUCCUACAGCAGAAACUGCAACGAUGCGAGACUGAGUUGCAGCAGCAGUUGACGGAGGAAGAAGAAGAGGAGCUGGUCAAACUAGAGCAGCAGGUCCGCAGGAAUGAGGCGGAGAUGAAGGAGCAUGAAUUCUGGGAGAAUGAGUUGAAGAUUGAACAGGACAAUGAGAGGCAACUUCGUGAGCAGCUGCAGGAACUGCGCAGCCGUGUACAGGAGUGCGAGGAGCAGCUGGGAGAGUACCUGGCACGUAUUCAGUGCAUGGAAGCAGGACUGGAGGCAGAGCGCCUGCAACAAGAGCUGAUGGAGACGCGGCUAGCGGAUGAAAUGGAAGUCCGGUCGCGACUGGACAAGGCUCGUGCCGAGCUAGACAUACAGGUGCAGCAGGCUGCAAGACUGGAGAGCAGCUGUAGAGCUGUGGAGCUCUCACUUGGGCAGUCGAACAUCAGGCUACAGGAGAGAGAGCAGGAGCUGGAACAGUUAACUAAGGAACUGAGGCAGGUGAACCUUCAACAGUUUAUUCAACAGACUGGCACCAAAGUAACAGUUCUACCAGCAGACCCUGGUGAGGAGGAAGCUAACACAGAGUCAGAAAAUCAGUCUGGAUCUCUGAAGCGGCUUGGAUCAGCUCGACAACUUCCUGCUGACCUACGAGCUCUGCAGAGCCCGCUGAACACGACCUUUAACCCAGAAGGCAUCUAUGUCUGAUUUUGCACUGGGCAUCAACAUUUAAACACAGUCUGCACUUCCCACAUGACUCAUAAUCCCUAGAAUUACAGAGGUAUCUGUUGUUUGCUCUACAGAUUCAUCAACAAACAGCGAGUGUUUUUUUUACGGUGAUGAUUGCUUCGUCUUGAUGGCUGUUUGACUAAUCCAACCCAAUCAGUGCUUUCUCUAAAUCCUACAAAGACAUCUCCAGCUGAAUGUAUGCUCAGUUUCACUGGACCCAAAGCGCAGUAAGGCUUUGAAUAUGUCUUGAACAUGGCAACUACUGAACUGAAUACAUGAAUACAUGCUGCCUCAGCCUUCGUUCAAUCCAUCAAACUUCUGGAGCAAGUUAGAAAAUGCAGCAUCAUGAUGUCUUUCAUUUCUAGAAUGUUUCUGAAUCUCCGUAAACCUCAUACACGAUGCGAUUAUGCAAGCAGAAGGAAUUUUAAGGAGAUGCAAAGAGAUCGUUGAGGAUGAUAAAUUAUGCAGUUUAUAUUUUAUGGCUCAUAGUCGUGAUGAAAGCUCAUAGUAAGGGGUGGGGUUUCGCCUUAGUUUGCACUUUAUUGGCCAACACAUCUGCUGUGGAAUUUUACUGAAAUCUUAAAAGCUGAAGAAUAAUUUUCUGCGUUUGAUUGCACUAAUCAGGAAAGCAGGUGCAUGCAAUAUUUUAAAACCAUGUGAGAGUGAGUAAGAGAGGUGUUUUUGCAUGAAAGCAGCUUGUGGCAAGUGAAAUUUGGAACCUUUUAAAAUGAAGCAAUGGAACCUGGUUUUGUGCUGAACAGCUUAAUUUUAAAAGGAAGCCUUUUAAAUUAUGCAAGUACAAUGUAGUUACGCACAAGUCGUAAUGACUGGCCUAGAUCAACGUGUUCUGCUUAAGCUUUCAGUGAACCUUUUUGGCCAAUAAAUGCAUGUUUAUUUCUGACACUGAAUAUUUAGUUUUAUUUUUUUAUUUAGCUGAUCCCACUAAAAUCCUUAUCUAGAGUUGUCUUUUUUCCCACAUACUAGCAAAAAUCACAUCAGUUGCAUAUAUUUUAAACAAAUCUUUUUUAGAACUUUAUUUCUUAUCAAACCAAAGUGUUCUGGAAGUCAUGAAUAGCUGCAUGAAUGUAAAGAUUUGUAAUUGUGUGUGUGUAAAGGGAAGCAGCUCCAAAAUAUUGUUGAUGACAUGAUUUUUUUUUAAAUUGUUUAACUGUAGUAGCAUCUGCUUCCCUUAAAGCUACAUUCACACAGAUGCAAAAUGACUUUAUUUUUACAUUUAAUAUGGACAUAAGCAAGGAGCUCUUGGAAGUGUGUAUAAGUACUCAUUUAUAUUUGCUGUAGUAGCUUCUGAAUUUGUUUUUAUAUUUUUGUUAACUGGUUAGCUUACUGAUAUUUUUUUCCAAAAACACUAUUUUGCCAAAAGCCAGUAUUAACAUGAUCUUCAUGGAUGACUGAAUCAUUUUAUUUUUUAGUAAAACAAAAAACAGGUUUGGUUUAAAGCGCUGCACAUCAUGCUAUACAUUCAAAACAAAAACCAUCUGCUUCUACAUUUAUUGAGGAUUUUAGUAGUGUAAUUGAGUAGUCGUGUGUUGAUUUCACACAGAACUGGUGCUCGGAUGAUUUGCAAACGAGCAUUCGACUGUCUGAAUGGCGCAUGACUUGAAGAACAAUGUCAUCUCUGUGUGACGAGGGAAACAUUUGAGAAGCAUGCCUUACUGAAAAAAAACAAAAACUAAAGUUGUAAAUAGCAUAUAGCAACAUAU